CGUCAAAAAGAUUUGCGCCCAGCUCCAGCCCUUAUCGAGUAUAAGGGCAUGAAGUUCCUAAUCACCGAUCGGCCAUCAGACAUAACAAUUAACCACUAUAUAAUGGAGCUUAAAAAGAACAAUGUUAACACUGUGGUGCGUGUCUGCGAGCCCAGCUACAAUACGGAUGAGCUGGAGGCUCAGGGCAUAACGGUCAAGGAUCUGGCCUUCGACGACGGCACCUUUCCUCCGCAACAGGUCGUUGACGAGUGGUUUGAGGUUCUCAAGGAUAAUUUUAGAAAGUCCACAAGCGCCACACUAUCCUACUACAACAACAACAGCAACAACAAACACAAGCGUUUCUCGCUCAGACACAUACCAAAAACGGCUUCAAUGACAGCAGCCGCAGCGGCAGCCACAACCCGAGCCAGUCUCUCGGCCGCAGCAACAACAACAACAUUAACAACAACAGAUACAGAUACAAUGCCCCUAACAAGCGAGGCAGCUGCUAUUUUUAAUAAUACUGCAUUUCUUGAUUAUGAAACUUGUCGAUAUCAACAGAAUCCGGAGGCUUGCGUUGCCGUACACUGUGUCGCUGGCUUGGGACGUGCCCCCGUUUUGGUUGCACUUGCACUCAUCGAAUUAGGCUUGAAAUAUGAAGCGGCUGUAGAAAUGAUUAGAGAUAAACGACGCGGCGCCAUCAAUGCCAAGCAGCUGUCAUUUUUGGAGAAAUACAAGCCGAAGGCGCGGCUAAAGCACAAAAGUCUACACAAAAAUUCAUGUUCUGUGCAAUAGAUUUCCAAAACCAUAUGUAUAUUCCCACCAGAUAAAAAGUGUUCAUUUUUUCAACAAAAAAAAAAACAAAACAAAACUAAAAACAUAAAACAAAAAAGCUACAAAAACAACCAAACACGCAAAGCUAACAAAACUGUAAAACUAUAAAACUAAAACAAACUGUACAAUUGCAAUUAACACUUGGAAGAAAAGCUAUAGUUGAGAAAACAAAAUCGUAGCCCAGUUAUUAUUUAUACCAAAAUUCUCACAGUCGUAUCGUAUUUGGCAUCAAUUGUAUUUAUUGUAUGUAUUAAUUAAUGUAAUUUAUUUUAUUUGUAUUUUCAAAAAAAAAAAAAAAAAAAA